AAUGGGUCCAUUUUUUCCAGUACUACUCCUUUUUCAUACUCAAAUGCAAAGCUUUUUUCUCUAAAGAACACGAUUCAAAUCUAACUCCUCCGCUCCCCCCUCGAAAUUUCUGAAUAUAUAUAGAGUUUGAACCAAAAUUACUGGAUUUCAAAUGAGUGACGACUCAUAAGAUUUGAUUUGUUGAAAUGGAAGAUCAAUAUGGAAUGGCAGAUCUAAGACAAUACAUGAACGGUGGGCGUUCGAUUUUCGGUUCGAUCCAACAAGUACCACCAGAGUUGUUACCUGCUACUUCUCACCAGCAACAACAACAACACAGGAAUCUCGGGCCGGGCCAUCACCAGUAUGAGAUGGUGAUGGGACUGGCCCAAGUUCCUUCGUCUUCAUCUGGUCACGGGCUUACUACUCCACAUCACCACCACCACCAACAUGAGUUCCUUACGGACUUGAGUACUCCUGUAGCUGUAGCUGCUACAGCUACAGCUACAGGAACUGCUACUACGAGUGCCGGAUUUAGUGGAAUGGAUCAGAUGGAGACUGGUGGUGGUGGUGGUGGAGACGGAAGCGGACGGUGGCCGAGACAAGAGACACUUACACUACUUGAAAUCAGAUCAAGAUUGGAUUCAAAGUUCAAAGAAGCUAAUCAAAAAGGACCCUUAUGGGAUGAAGUUUCAAGGAUUAUGUCUGAGGAACAUGGAUACCAAAGGACUGGAAAGAAAUGUAGAGAGAAAUUUGAGAACUUGUACAAGUACUACAAGAAAACUAAAGAGGGUAAAGCUGGAAGACAAGAUGGAAAACACUAUCGAUUUUUUCGACAACUUGAAGCUUUAUAUGGUGAAACAAGCAAUAAUAUUUCAACGGAAGUUCUUCAUCAGGGAAGUCAUUUUCCUUAUAAUUCCGUUAAUAACAACAUGAAUCAAGAUCCUCAUAAUUAUCAUGACCACGUCCAUCAAGCUCCUAAGAUAUCCGAUAGCAUGAGUCUAUCUAAUUCAUGUGAAUUCAAUACGACUUCCUCAGAUGAUAGUGAUCAAGAGAAGAAGAAGAAGAGGAGGGGGAAGAGGAGUUUAAAGGCGAAGAUAAAAGAUUUCAUUGAUGGACAAAUGAGGAAGUUGAUGGAGAAACAAGAAGAAUGGUUGGAGAAAAUGAUGAAAAUGAUUGAACAUAAAGAACAAGAAAGGAUAUUGAGAGAAGAAGAAUGGAGGAAUCAAGAAACGAUUCGUAUGGAAAGGGAACAUAAAUUUUGGGCUAAUGAGAGGGCAUGGAUAGAAACACGUGAUGCUGCUUUGAUGGAGGCUGUGAACAAGCUAAGUGGUAAAGAUUUAAAGAGUAAUCUUGAUGAAGAAAUGGUUGACCAACACUGGCCUGAUGGUGAAAUAACUAGGUUAAUACAACUUAGGACUAGCAUGGAAUCAAGAUUUCAACAAUUGGGAAUUUCAUCAUCAAUAGAUGAUCAUGAUCAUGAUCAUGUAUUAUGGGAAGAGAUUAGUGCAAAAAUGGCAAUUUUGGGAUAUGAAAAAAGUGCUACAAUGUGCAAGAAAAGAUGGGGUAGCAUCAAUAGUUACCUAAUGAAGUGCAACAAGAAAAGAAAAGAACAAAAUUCAACAAGUUUGUUAUGUUACAAUAGUAAUGUACAAAUCAACAAUCAAUAUUAUGAAGCUGAUGGAUCAUCAUGUUUUAGGUACUUAAUGGGAGAUCAUCAUCAAAACUUAUGGGAAAAUUAUGAAUUCAAAUUAAGCAAAGGUGGUGAUGGUGGUGGUGGAAAUAAUUGA